UCUGCAAUUCUCAGCACAGUGGUCUCUGUCUUCGUGAGGGCUAGGGUGCAACUACUGCCCGGCUCGUGUACUUUUGAGAACGACACUUGCGGUUACCAAUCAGAUGUAGACUAUGCGGCGUGGACUAUGUAUGAGGAAGGACGCUUCAUCAUGGCAGAUUCGUCCCUUUUUGGAGAGAUGGACAAAGCCAUUCUCGUCAGUCCAAAACUGGAGCUUUUUGACUGGAGCUGCCUUCGAUUGGUCUACCAGAUAACCGGCUCAGGCUCCCUUCUGAUCCACUUGCGACCUGAAAACGAGAACUUCGACUACCCUCUGUGGACCGCCAGGGAUUCCUCUGACAGCUGGCUCAUCGCCAACGUAGACCUCCGAAACAUGUCCAGUGCUUACCAGCUUCUAAUAGACGGUCAACCCAGCAAAGGAGUGGGAAAUAGCAUAGCCAUCUUUGAAAUUCACAUUGUGCCUGGCUACUGCAUUGAGUGUAACUUUGAAGAGCAACACUUGUGCGGCUACACAAACUACUGGAACCCUAAUGUGAACUGGUACGUGGGAGGCAGCCUAGCCGGGGACCCUCGGUCCAAUCUGCCCUCUGACCACACCCUGAACAGCGAGAGAGGUCAUUACAUGUAUGUGGAUUCGGUUUACGCCAAGAGGUUCCAAGAAGUCGCAAAACUCUCAUCGCCAAUGACAACGACCCCCAUGUCUGGCUGCCUCUCCUUUUACUACCAGAGGGACCAGGCGAGGGGAAAUUUCUUUUCUGUCUUCACCAAAGACCAACUGGGUCACUAUGAGGAGAUCUGGAGACCGGAUGUCUAUGCCACACCCAACUGGAAACUGGUUCAAGUGGAUAUUAAAGCACCUCAUGCUUUAGAGGUGGUGUUUGAGGUAGCAUUCAACAGUGCCCGCGGGGGGUUUGUUGCUUUGGACGACAUCUCUUUCUCUCCUGAGUUUUGCCACGAGACUGAGCCAUCCUUUGAUCCUUCGAUAGCUAACUGUGACUUUGAGGAGGGUUUGUGUCGGUACUAUCAGGAGCUGAUUGGAGGCUCCGUGUGGAACAGGGUUUCAGUCAAACCAAAUGUCUACAGGAUUGGUGACCACACCACAGGCGCUGGCUCCUUCCUCCUGGCCAACACUCGUUUCACGUCCCGGCCGGGAUACGUGGGUCGGCUCCACGGGCCUUUCCUGCCUGGGAACCAUAAGUACUGCCUGAGAUUUUACUACUCCCUGCACGGCUUCAGGAAGAUCGACAACGCCCUCGCCCUCUACAUCUACGACGAGAACAACGUGGCCCAGGAGAAGGUGUGGAGUUUGUCUGAAAGCACCAGAGACAUCUGGACCGAGGUGGAGGUCACCUUCCAGAAGCCAAUGCCCACCAAGGUAGUGUUUGUCACUAUCUGUCGGAACUUCUGGGACUGUGGGAUGGUGGGAAUAGAUGACAUCACAGUGACCCUUGGUGACUGCCAAGUCACAGAAGGGCCUCUGCGACCCCUUCCUGGGGUCUGUAAUUUCGAAUUGGGAGAUUGUGGUUACGCUCAGGAGAGAACGAACGGCCGCGGAGCCUGGAUUCGGACGAGGGGACACACACCUACCUCCUACACUGGACCCAAAGGGGACCACACCUUAGGGGUAGGACACUUCAUGUACAUUGAGGCAUCCCACAUGUUGCCUGGUCACUCCGUCCGGCUGAAGUCCGCUGAGCUUCGUGGGUCGCCGGGCCCACAGUGUCUCACCUUCUUCUACCACAUGUACGGUUCUGGCACCGGGGUUCUGAGCGUGCUCCUUCGCCAUGGCAACAGUGACCGGGACCAGUUGUUGUGGAGACGGCGUGGCGAGCAGAGCAUUUCCUGGAUGAGAGCAACGGUGGACUACGACUGUCAAAUUAAGCACCAGAUUGUAUUUGAAGCCAUCAGGGGUGCCUCAAUUAGGAGUGAUAUAUCUAUUGAUGAUAUCACGUUCAGAAAGGGACCAUGCAAAGAUCCAGGUGACAGUGUGCCGUACUCAGGUUUUGCUGAAAACUUCAAUGAGAUUGAGUAUUGAGGAAGGCACU